CCUGCUAACGAACGAACACUCCGCAUGGCAGUGGCCCAACUCGAGUCUGACGCCCCCUCCCCCGCCCCAUUCUUCUCCGUAGUCGCCGCCGGCCCCCGAUCCGAUCCCCACUGCGCCGGCUUCACUGCUUGAGCUCCAAGCCUUCUGAGGGUGCAAGGUUUGCGAGGAUGCCGAAGGCUGAUGGGGAUGCCACGCUCCUGAUCCAGUCCCUGAACAAGGCCUAUGCCGCCACGCCCACGAAUCUCAAGAUCAUUGACCUGUAUGUGGUUUUCGCUGUGGUGACUGCCCUUGUUCAGGUUGGUUACAUGGGAAUAGUUGGAUCACUUCCCUUCAACUCGUUCCUAUCUGGUGUCCUGUCAUGCAUAGGAACUGCAGUGCUUGCUGCGUGCCUCCGUAUUCAAGUCAACAAGGACAACAAGGAAUUCAAGGAUCUUCCUCCAGAAAGGGCCUUUGCAGAUUUCGUCCUGUGCAAUCUGGUGCUCCACCUGGUUAUUCAUUCGACCAGCGUGCUUGAGUUGUACCAAACACCGGGAAGGGAUACAAUUCCGGAUUUCAGACGGACCUAGCUAGAGAAGGAUGGCGGGAGGAGGAUUUAAUGGCGGUGCGUUAGGGCAAAGAUGUACGCGUUGCUGCGGUUAGGGGUACUGCAGCCAGGGGAGGAGGCAGAGAAAUUAGUUAAUUAAGCUGAUGGCAGUUGGAAGAGGGUUCUUCCCCUUCUACCUAGGCUCCUAGCAGCUCUUGUAAUGUCAAGCCUGGCGUUUAAAGGGCUAAUUAAUUUCAGCAAGAAUCACAUCCUCUAUCUGGAGUGCUAGGUCUUGUUCUCUACUGCGGCUAAUUAAUUAAAUUAGCUAGCAUAUCUCAGAAAUUUUAAGUUUAGGAUUAACUAUAGACUGUAGGUACCUGUCUAUGAUUAACAUACCACCUGUAUUACUGGUCUACAUUGCGAGAACUGCAUGCAUGCGUGUGUAGCUCGGUGGAAAAUAUAUGUACCUCUGGAUGUCGUUGA